CGAGGGAUCCGCCCAUCAUCUUUUGCUUUCUGCUUUGUCCGUUCAUGUACAUACUACCACCCUAACUCGCUAUGCUAAAGCGAUUCGUGAGACCAUCAUGGACCUGUUCUCGAUGUCUCCGUCGCCAGUGUCAGCAACAGAGGCACAACAGCGCCGCCGCGACAUCCGCCAUCGCCACAUCACCGCCUCCUACAGCCUUCUCACUCCCGAGCCAUGUCCCCCACGAAACGAACAGCGACGACCGUAACCUUCGGCAGAUCUUCGACUCGCAUGCAUUUUGGAGGGAGUUCUCCCAGAGCUCUAAGCGCGGGAAGUCGGCAGGCCUCCUCCAGAACAAGUACCUUACUCGGCCGGAAGGCUUUCAACAGUUCGUCGAGGUCACCUUGCAAAAGUGCGCCCCGAUCAUAGACAGAGUGGUGCGCGCAAACAGUAUAGAAGAAUUCAAACCAAUAACAAGAGACCUCGAUCGCCUAUCCGAUCUACUAUGUCGUGUCAUCGACCUGGCGGACUUCGUUCGCGCAACACAUCCCGACCAGAAGACACAGAUUGCGGCGACCAGAGCAUACGGACUCAUGUUCCAGUAUAUGAAUGAGCUGAAUACUACGACCGCCUUGAAUGACCAACUGAAAAGAGCUGCAAGCAUACCUGAAGUGUGGGAUUCGUGGAAUGAGGAGGAACAGGUCACGGCCAACAUCCUGAUCCGAGACUUCUCAAAGUCCGCAAUCAAUCUACCCCAGGCGACACGACAGCGUUUCGUUGACUUGUCCAACGAGAUCGUAAAUGUUGGCACGGACUUUGUGAACAACCUGGCGCCUGAGAAGGAGUUUCUUACCUUCCAGAGUAGCGAAAUGAAAGGACUCGAUCCGCAGGUCGCCCGCCGAUUAACAAAAUGGGGGACUCUGGUCAUGAAGAUGAACGGUAUGGAGGCUUCGCUGGCCUUGCGGCAGGUCGAGGAUCCAGACGUACGCAGGGAGAUCUACAUGGCAAGCAGGACGUCGUCCGCCGAUAACAUAGCACGUCUGGAACAGCUCCUGAAAGCCAGAGCUGAGCUCGCAAAGUUGUCUGGCUACGAGAGUUUUGCUCAUCUAUCACUUUCCGACAAGAUGGCGAAAACGCCCGAAGCUGUCAAUCAGUUUUUGCAGGCGCUGACGACCGACAAUCAUGCAAAGGUGUUGGAUGAGCUUGACGAAAUUCGAGAGUUCAAGAAAUCGGACGCGCAUAGCAACAACUUCCCCGGAAACCUCAAUGCUUGGGACCGUGACUACUACACAUCACGCCUCCUUUCAUCCAUGCAUACCAAGAUAAAGUCGCCAGACUUCUUGUCCGCAUACUUUUCGCUUGGCACAGUCAUGCAAGGUCUCUCACGUCUAUUCAACCGCUUGUAUGGAAUUCGACUUGUGCCGCGCGAGACCAGACCCGGGGAGACCUGGAACGACGACGUUCGGAGACUCGAUGUGAUUGACGAGAAAGCCGGGCAUAUCGCCGUGGUCUACUGCGACCUGUUCUCACGUCCAGGCAAAAGCCCCAAUCCAGCCCACUUCACCCUCCGCUGCUCACGAAAGAUAUCCGGGUCCGAAAUCGAAGAUGCCUCUCGCAUCCCGCAUCCCUUCUCCUCGCCCAAAGAUGCCGCAACAGACGGCAUGGCCUCCAACAUUAACCCCGACGACGGAGACCUCUACCAACUCCCCACAAUCGCCCUCAUCUGCGACUUUGCCCGCUCCACCACCUACUCCUCCACCCGCGACCGCCCAACCCUGCUCACCUUCCGCGAAGUCCAAACCCUCUUCCACGAAAUGGGCCACGCCGUCCACUCCAUGCUCGGCCGCACCCAGCUCCAGAACGUCGCCGGCACACGCUGCGCCACAGACUUCGCCGAGCUGCCCUCCGUCCUCAUGGAGCAUUUCGCCGCCGAUCCCGCCGUCCUCGGCCUCUUCGCCCGCCACUGGGACACCGACGCCCCGCUGCCCAUGCCCGCCCUCGAGGAACGCAUGCGUCUCGACACUCGCAUGGGCGGCGCCGAAACAGAGGCCCAGAUCCUGCUGUCCUGCCUCGACCAGGCUUAUCACUCUAGCUUGCCCAUGCUGCCGGGCUUCAACAGCACGCGCACCUACCAUGACGUCUAUGCCCAAUGCAGCGUCUCUGAGCCCGCGGGCACCGCUUGGCAGGGCUUCUUCGGCCAUCUUUUUGGUUACGGCGCGACGUACUAUUCGUAUCUGUUUGAUCGUGCUAUUGCGGGGCGCGUCUGGAAGGUUGUGUUUAAUGCGGGCCAGGAUGGCGGCGCGAUCGAUCGUGCGGCGGGCGAGAAACUGAAGCAGGAUGUGCUGCGCUGGGGCGGGGGACGAGAUGGAUGGAAGCUCAUCAGCAAGGCACUGGAGGAUCCAAUGCUGGCCGAGGGAGGCGAAGAUGCGAUGAGGGAGGUGGGUAGAUGGGGAGUCAGGGCGGAGGGUGGUGGGAUCGUUGACUGAGUGGACCUAAUGUCUUGAUCUUGUAUAUUCAUGACACACUUUGCCGUUGUUCUCGGAGAUAUCCCAUCGUUACAGUCAUUCAGUCUGUGUGUAUAUCGCUCAGCAGUACAUGUUACUGGUAUUUAGAUAUGGUAGCUAUUGACACAUGUGUAGUAUAUGUAUAGCACCUCUACCAUUUUCAAUGUCAGUCAUGUCGAAAUAUAGAUAUCUCCCUACAUACACAUCGGUAUCUCGAUACAAUCACAUAAAUGCCGCAUACUGGGAUAGAUUCACUUUUCACCCGAU